AUGCAGGAGCACUGCAGUGUUCUGGCUGAGAGGGAGUAUGAGAUGUCCUGUAAAGUAUGGAAUGGCAAGGAGGUUCUGGGACUCUUCCACACCAUGGGCAUCACCGCUGACACCUUUGCCAUGCUGCAGGUCAGAUAAUGUUGUUGAUCACCUAGGUCUCCUCUCACCUGUCUCUCUCUCUCUCAAUCCCUAUCUUUUGCUCUCUUUCACUUUCACCCCCUUUUUAUUUAUUGUUGCAAGGUUUGUUUGAUUAGAAGAGAGGCCUACAGCAUCUCUCUUUUCUCUCCCCAUCUCCCUCCCUCCCUCCCUUCCUCCCUCAUCUCUCCCCCUGUAUAGAAGCACCUGGCAGCGGUGUUGGAGAAGGAGGAGCGGGUUGGGCUGGUGAACGAGAGAGAGGACACAGUGGAGGUCCAACCAUCAGCUCAGCCAGCUCCUCUGUCCUCUAGAGUCUCUUCAUGGUGCUGGACUGUGAAUCAGUCUUUAACGAUCAGUCAAUAUUUGUAUUGUCCUAAUUCGGAAAUGUGUAUUGUAGUCAGGGUGAAAAACAAGACCAACACAACAACAUACUACAAAAUACAUUAUACAAACACUUUUGAUUACUGACAAACACUUCUGUCCUGGUCAUGUUCCCGUGGUCAGGUUUGCAGGGGACUACCGCGUGGCGCUGCAGCAGACCUACACUUGGACCACGGCUCCAGACAUUCCAGAUGCAUAGGGCUUCUUCGCGAGGCCCAACCGCCGACGCCGACACCACAGUGCCAAGACCAUGACCCUCGUACACACACUCAGCUUCUGGUGCCUCAACCCUGCCGUGGUGUGUAG